UCAAUUUGUCCCCAUAUUUUCAUCACCUCUUCCAGGAUUUGCUCAUCUUCUCCUUCCCUCUAUUGCCAUUGUAAUUGUCUAUAGUGCAACUUCUUUUUCUUUAUUUUCCCUUUUGGUUUUGGUUCACAUUUUCUCUGGAUUUUCAUCUUUGUUUUUCUGAGCUCAAGGUGAUGAAGAAGGUAGUGAUGGAAUUGCAAAUACAUAAUGAAAAGGAUCAGCAAAAAGCCAUGAAGAGAGUUUGUGCCCCUCCAGGAAUCGAUUCAAUCUCAGUAGACUGGAAAAGUAAGAAAAUGACAAUAAAUGGACGUUUUGAUCCUGUGCUCGUAGUGAACAAAUUGAGGAAGCGUCAUCCCACAGAACUAAUCUCUGUAGAACCACCAAAAAACCCUGAACCGAUACAGGAAAAGCCAAGGAAGCCUACAGAGGGAGAUCAUUGUCGUGGUCAUUAUUAUUAUUAUCCUGCUCCUCUUUAUUGUUAUACUCCAGAGGAAUAUCAUAGUCCUUGUGUUAUUUGCUAAUCACUUGUCAGGGGAAAAUAAUUGAAAAGAUGUGUUGAUCAGUUGUCCAUCUUGAAUUUGGAUCUCACAAAGAUUCUCUAGACGAUAUCUUAGUGUGCUCUUUUUAUUGUUGGAACUGGCGUUAGUGUAUGGUUUUCUUUCUCCCUCCUUUCCAAUGGUUGAUGUAUUAUUGAGCAUAAUAAAAUAUAAUAAAAAUAAUAAUAUUAUUAAAAUUUUAUUUUGUUA